CCUCUAUUACUCUCCUUUUUCACCUCUUCUAGAAAAAGAAGUUAAAUUGAGAGUCGGCAUUCAACAAAUGGCGCGUUAGAGAGCGUUCCUGUGGUUGCUCUGUGCAGACAGCCGACUAGCAAUUCGACACGCCACACCCAAAAACUCGUCUCUGAUUUUCUUUUGAUUUUCUAACACAAAUCCUGCUUCUUCGUGAUCUUACGGGAACCGAGAGAUCGUUACUGUUUUCGUGCUUUCCUUCUUCUAAUUUGAAUUUGUUCAUAGUGAGAGUUCGUUCGAGUUUUGAUAGGCUGUUAGUGGAGAAUCUUUGGUAGGGAUUUAGAUUGAUCUGUAGCUACAGAGGAUUCUCGUCAAUUUCAUUCGCUGAGAAGUUUGAUUCUGUUUUUUGCGUUUUCUUUUUCUUCUCUGGAGUUGAAUUGGAUCGAAGUACCGUUUUCUUUUUAUUCGAGUGCUGCGUGAUCUGGUUUGCUUGAGUUCUGGUGUAUUCCUGGUUGAAGGAUUUUGUUUGUUGAUUUGGUGAUUUUUUCGGUUCCGGACUUUGGUGGAUGGAGAGCAAGUUCUUUUAGUUCUUAGGAUUGCGGUUUAAGAUAUAUUCGUGGGAAGCCAUUCCGGUUUGCACUUUGCGUAGAAGUGUUGCGGUGGUUUGGACUUUGAAGAUACUGUUCCGAAGAAGUUUGGUGACUUCGCUUUCUCGCAAAGUUUUGGUGAUCUGAUCACUGGAUGUUCAUAAAAAUGGAUUCCUGCAGUUCCUAAUAGGAGCUUCGUGGACUUGUGGUCAUAGAAACUUUGGACUAGAAGGAUUUUUCCUUAUUUGUUCUUCACGAGAUUGAAUUCCGUUUAACAUGGUUAGCGGAAACCUCUUCCACUGUAGAAAGCAUUCAUGGCCUCCGGAGGAGUACGUCAGCAGAGCGACCUUGCAAUUGCUGGACUAUGAUAGUGCUGCACCCCCAAAGCAAGCCUGGAGGAGGAGAUUAAACAGUCAUGCUAACAUACUAAAAGAAUUUAGUGUCACAUUUAUGGAGGCAAUACAGAUGAUUCGUCUUGGCCUUCGUCUUUGGUCAUAUGUCAGAGAGGAAGCAUCUUAUGGAAGGAAAGCACCGAUUGAUCCAUUCACAAAAGAAAGUUGUAAGCCCUCGGCAUCUCAAGGGGUCCCACUUGGAGGCAUGGGAAGUGGCAGCAUAUCAAGAGGUUUUAGAGGGGAGUUUAAGCAUUGGCAGAUCAUUCCUGGUUCAUGUGAGCCUUCUCCUGUGAUGGCCAAUCAGUUCUCGAUUUUCAUAUCGCGUGAUGGAGGGAAUAAAAAGUAUGCAUCAGUUUUAGCACCUGGUCAACAUGAAGGGUUAGGGAAAAAUGGUGAUCAGGGUAUAUCAUCAUGGGGUUGGAAUUUGAGUGGACAGCAUUCAACUUACCAUGCUCUAUUUCCUAGGGCAUGGACAAUAUAUGAUGGUGAACCGGACCCUGAGUUGAAGGUCUCUUGUCGUCAAAUAUCACCGUUCAUACCGCAUAAUUAUAAAGAAAGCAGUCUUCCGACUGCUGUAUUUGUUUAUACGUUGGUAAACACUGGGAGAGAAAGGGCAAAAGUCAGCCUUCUAUUGACCUGGGCGAAUUCAAUUGGAGGGAUGUCACAUCUAUCAGGAGAUCAUGUGAAUGAACCUUUCAUAGCUGAAGAUGGAGUGUCUGGCGUACUUCUUCAUCACAAGACUGCAAAAGAUAACCCUCCUGUUACUUUUGCUAUAGCUUCAUGUGAAACUCAAAAUGUGAAUGUGACUGUUUUGCCAUGUUUUGGGCUGUCAGACACAGACCAUGUUACUGCUAAGGAUAUAUGGGGCAAAAUGGUGCAGGAUGGGUAUUUUGAACGGGAAAACUUCAAUGCUGGACCUACCAUGCCAUCAUCACCUGGAGAUACUCUUUGCGCAGCAGUAUCAGCAUCCGCAUGGGUAGAACCUCAUGGAAAGUGCACUGUUGCAUUUGCUUUAGCUUGGUCAUCACCAAAAGUAAAAUUUUUAAAGGGAAAUUCCUAUCACAGGAGGUAUACAAAAUUUUAUGGAACUUCUGAAAGAUCAGCUCUUGAUAUUGCACACGAUGCAUUGAUGAAUUAUAAAUGGUGGGAGGAAGAGAUAGAGAAAUGGCAAAAUCCUAUCCUCAGAGAUGAUAGAAUUCCAGAAUGGUACAAAUUUACAUUGUUUAAUGAACUUUACUUUUUGGUUGCUGGAGGCACAGUUUGGACAGAUUCACCAUCAUCAGAUACAGAUUUUAGGUCUCACUUUGGUGAUUAUCAGCACAAAUCAAAAAACAGAGAGAAUUCAGAUGUUAGUGUUACUUCAGGCAAGAUAUCUGGACAAGGUGCGUCUGUAGCACAUAUUAUACUUAACCAUAAUGAAAGUACUUCUGCAAAUGAAGUUAAAGAUAACGAUGAAAAAAAAGUCACAAGAUCUUUAUGCAAAAAUUAUUCAGCAAUAUCUCAAGAGAGGAAAAAUGGAUAUAUUCCUUUAUAUCAUAGAGCAUGGUCAGAUCCAGAUGAUGAUGAUGUUGGUGGGUUUCUAUAUUUGGAAGGAGUAGAAUAUAUAAUGUGGUGCACAUAUGAUGUGCAUUUCUAUGCAUCUUUUGCUCUUCUUGCUUUGUUCCCCAAAAUUGAGUUGAGCAUUCAGCGUGAGUUUGCCAAAGCUGUCUUAUCUGAGGAUGGAAGAAAAGUCAAAUUUCUGGCAGAGGGCAAUUCAGGAAUCCGAAAGGUUAGAGGAGCUGUUCCUCACGAUCUGGGCACACAUGACCCAUGGCAUGAAAUGAAUGCAUAUAACAUACAUGAUACAAGUAGAUGGAAAGACCUCAACCCAAAAUUUGUGCUUCAGGUGUAUAGAGACUUCACUGCAACAGAGGACCUGUCAUUUGCAGUGGAUGUGUGGCCAGCUGUUCGUGCUGCAAUGGAGUACAUGGAACAAUUUGAUAGGGAUGGUGAUGGUCUCAUUGAGAAUGAUGGAUUCCCAGAUCAAACUUAUGAUGCUUGGACUGUUCAUGGUAUCAGUGCUUACUGUGGCUGCCUAUGGCUUGCUGCACUCCAAGCUGCAGCUGCAAUGGCUCUUCGUGUUGGUGAUAAGGACUUUGCUGAAAAGUGCAAAAGCAAAUUUGCAAAGGCCAAGUCUGUGUUUGAAGAAAAGCUGUGGAAUGGAUCAUAUUUUAACUAUGAUAGUGGAUCAAGCAGCAACAGUAAAUCUAUACAAGCGGAUCAGCUGGCAGGACAAUGGUAUACAGCUUCUUCAGGCAUGCCUUCCCUUUUUGAUGAUUUCAAAAUUAGAAGCACACUCAGUAAAAUAUAUGAUUUCAAUGUUAUGAAAAUCAGAGGAGGCAGGAUGGGUGCUGUAAAUGGAAUGCAUCUCAAUGGAAAGGUAAAUCUGUCUUGCAUGCAGUCACGCGAAAUCUGGACAGGUGUCACAUAUGGUUUGGCAGCUACAAUGAUUUUAGCUGGUAUGGAGGAACAAGCAUUUAUAACUGCUGAAGGUAUUUUCACUGCAGGCUGGUCAGAAGAGGGAUUCGGGUACUGGUUCCAGACUCCAGAAGGCUGGACGAUUGAUGGACACUACCGGUCCCUUAUAUAUAUGAGGCCUCUUGCAAUCUGGGGCAUGCAGUGGGCCUUAUCUUUGCCCAAAGCAAUCCUUGAGGCACCCAAGAUCAACAUGAUGGAAAGGACCUACAACUCUCCUCUAGACGUAAGAUCCUCCUUCAAUGAAAGAGGUAUAAGAAAGAUAGCAGCCAAAUCAAGGUGUUUUAGCAUUUCGGUAUUUCACUGUGCAUGCUGAUUAUCAUUAGUGAUUAAUUAGAGAGAAAACGUGGAGUCAAUAGAAAUCAUCUUUUGUAAAGUUUUAUACAACUCUGUUUCUUCCCGAAAGCCCUUUUGCAGUAAAACAAAAUGCUGCACGGAUCGGAAAUAGAACAGGAAAUAAGUUGCGUUGUAAUUCUUAAGUGUUUUAGGCAAGUUAAUUGAUAAAAAUGAGCCCUUUUAGUUUUCCAUGUAGAAGAAUUCCUGUUCCUGUCAUACAAUCUAGCUUACUAAGUCUGUAAUUGAUAACGUCCCAAUGGAACAAUUCCUGUUCCUGUCAUACAAGGACUAAUAUGCAACUAUCUUUUGCCUCUGGAACACUAAAAAUAUUCCAGAAGAAUGUUAUCAAAUGUCAUCCGAGUACCCUGUUUGUGGCUA